UGUAUGGUCGCGAGGGCGGGGGGUGAUAGUCGUGGUCGUUGGAGCAGAAACACAUGGCGAUUAAUUGAUAGAUUGUAUUAUAAUGUUGCAAUAUUAGCAAUAGCAGUAGCAGUACCCUCAUCUCCAAAAAGUAUAUGUAUAUCCAAGCCGCAGGACAGCCUAGUUAGUUCUGCCGCGCAGUGCCUGGUCCUCUAUACUGUAUUAUGUACUCCGCACAGCUAUCAUGCAGGGCAGGAAGCCAUUGGCUCUCAGGAUGAAUUAGCUCAUCUACCUCUGCAGAUCCAAACCAACACUCGUUAG